UUCAGUGCAGGUGUUUGCUUUGGUUAGCUCUCGAUGUUCACCUUUUUAAAGAGACAGUCAUUUAUGUCACAAGAAAAGAAACAAAAAAGGGACACACAGAGGUUCUAAAUUCUGAAGGAAAGCGUAUGGUGAAGAAUUAACUGAACAGUGGAAAUGGCUGGAAUUGAAUCUCAAUCUAGUUUCAUCAGUACCAGAGCGCAGAGCAUGAAGUGAGAUGGGAUGUUGGACUGUGAUCGAGCCUGUGGUGGGUCUGCAUGCCUUUGCCAUGUUUAUGACCUACCCGCUAUUAGAGCAGUAUGUCUAUAGAAGGCUUUGGGAACAGCUCAGUGGUUCUCCGUAUCCAGUCAGUAUAAACCAGUCUCACUGCUCCAACAACUUCACUAAUCUGAGUAUUCAUCAGGCUGUGCAGAGAGAGACAUCACACUUCCUUAUCCAGAUUGAGCUUUACUUCCUCUUUCCCAGCUUGGUGUCCUCACUGUUUUUGGUUUCAUACAGUGACUCCCAUGGCCGCAAGGUGGCCAUGGUGCCCCCUUUGGUGGGCAGUGCUCUCUUCACACUCACAAACUUCAUAGUGAGCAAAUACUCCCUCAGCCUCAGCUACCUACUGGGUUCUGCUUUUUUCACUGGUUUUAUGGGGGGUACAAGCACUCUGAUUGGAGGCUGUUUCUCCUAUGUGGCUGACUGCUGUGGACAAGACCUGAGUGAAAAGAGACAAAGAGAGAAGACUGUUCGAAUGGCCCGGCUAGACAUGGUCCUUGGUUUGUUGUCUGGUUUAGGCUCUCUUUGCACUGGGUUUUAUAUUCAAGCCACUGGAUUCAGCUGGCCAUUCCUCUCAGCAUCCAUACUUCAUCUGGUCGAUCUGGUUUAUGUGCUGGUCAUCCUGAAGGAGCCCCAGGUUCCUUCAGUUCAAAACCUGACCACUAAUCAGAACUCUUCUAGCCAUAGGGCAGUUGAUGAAUCUCCUCAUCUAGCUAGGUUUCAGGUCUUGACCGGACGCUUUCAUGGCAUCUACCUGCUUUUUGCAGCUUCUACAAAGAGAAGAAAUGUCCGGCUGCUGCUUAUCCUCAGUGCUUUUGUCUUCUACAAGGUGUGCAAAUUAGGUGGCAUGUCCAGCUUUCUCCUGUAUGAGCUGAAUCCACCAUUGUGUUGGAGUGAGGUGCUCAUUGGUUGUGGCUCUGCUCUUAACACUCUGAUCUACCUGAGCAGUUAUGCUGGUGUGUCCUUGCUCUCACGAUGGCUGCCUGAUGCCCAUAUCAUUCUGCUUGGGCUGUUAAGCGUGGCCACUGGCUUCUUAAUGGCCUCUUUUGCAAAGACCACCCUGCUUAUGUUUUUGGUGCGCCUUCCUCUUCUCCUGUCCAUCAUGCCUGCUCCUGUGUUGCGGUCUAUGUUGUCCAAACUGGUGCUGAGCUCUGAACAAGGUGCUGUGUUUGCAUGUGUGGCCUUUGUGGAAAUGCUAAGUAUGGGGGUGGCAUUCCCAGUGUUUAGUAGCAUCUAUGCUGCUUCCAUCUCAUGGUUUUCUGGGUUCACGUUCCUUCUAGCUGCUUGUCUUACCUUAAUACCUGCAUUACUCAUGGGUGUUAUGCUCUGCCUACGGCUGGACAAUGUGGAGGAGACCAAAAUCCUGACCUCUGAAGAUGACAGUGUGGACAGCACAGGAUCUGAGAUAUCUCACUAUUAACUACAUUAUUAUUGAGACAGUUGUCUACAGUGUAGUGCACUUAGUGAAAUAGGCACAGCAUUAAUGAUGUUAACAUACUAUGUGUUUUAGUAUGUUUUACACCUUAGUUUGUAACUUUGUAAUUUUUCAUUUUUUUAUUGUGACAUAAUACUGUCACUUAAUGUUUUAAAAUAAUGAAUUAUUAGAAGCUUUUUAUAUAUUUUAUUAAUGUAUCAAGCUAUCCAAUUAGAUAUGAUGUCAUUAAAA